AUGUCGUUCUGUGGCACCAGGAAAAACACAAUAAGCCCUGCCCCGAUUCGCCUGCACGAACGAGAAUGUGGAAUUGAUGACUGCCACUGCCCGGCAUUAGAAUUCGUGGACAGAUACAAAUACCUGGGACUUAUAGUCCAAGCCGACCUCAAAUCCACCGGACACGUUGAGAAAAUUGUAUCUAGAGCCAGGUCUGGCGUUGCCAUACUCGCAAGACUGAGGGGCUGCUGCUCCAUGAAGCUCAAAAAAGCAGUAUAUCACGCGCUCAUUGAAUCCCAUGUCAACUUCAUGUUAUCAAUCUACGGUGGUACACAUAAUCAACUGAUCGCCAAAAUCGAGAGACUCCAAAGAAAAGACCUGCGUUUCAUAUGUAACUCAAGCUGGGAUGCGAGCUGUGCUCCUCUCUACGAAAGAACGAAAAUCUCGACUAUACAAGAAUUGUACGUGAAAAGCCUCGUCCGAUUGAUGUACUCCCGAAUGCCUACUCUAGAGAGACCAUCUCACGAGUACCCCACCAGAUUCAGUGAAGAACGAUGUUUGUCUAUCCCCAAACUUAGGAAAGACUUCUCCCGAAGAAGUGCUUUAUGGAACUUCAUCCGCCUUUACAACAAAUUGCCCACUAAUCUGAGAAAGCUGUUCGAGAGCCAAACAAACGUAGACAGGAAAAAAUGUCAGAAGCAAAUCAAAGAGCUAGGCAUAACGUUGAAAUAA